UCGUGUAAAGCAUUCUUUCGAAGACAUGCCUUUAAUUAUGAGUGACGACUGUGUUAUCGACAAAACGUAUCGCAAACUAUGCAGAAAGUGUCGGCUCAAGAAGUGCUUCGCUGUGGGCAUGAAAAAGGAAUGGAUUCUUAAUGAAGAGGAGAAGGAAUGGCGAAGACAUACAAUUGAAACCAACAGACAGUUGAGGAGAAAUGGUUUGAAAGACACGACUUAUGACAAUUCAAUUACCAGUACUUCAUCUGAUGUGUCAAACGUCGAGACAAUUGAUAAUACCUUAAUAGAUGUCGAGAUCAGUAAAUGUAUUACACAAAUGGUAAACAAUGAUCCAAACGCGAUAACAAAUGUGAUCGAUGUAAACGCUAUAUGUGUCACAUCUCCAGACAAUGUGUCCAUUUUCACGGAUGUAAACCACAUACAAAACAUGUGUAUCAGUGAUAACUCAAGCGAUAACUCGAUGGCUGUCGACAUAUUCAGCGCCAAUAAUGCUAUCAAACGAAUAAUUAAUUCAAAUUGUUUCAACACAUUUGAACAAAAACGUCUCAAUGAA